AUGGGGUAUGCAGAUGGGGUGGUCAAAAAAGCACUUAAAACAUGUUCAAGAUGUCGAAGAAAUAAAAUUAAGUGUGAUUUACACCUCACUCGACCAGGACCCUGUACUGCCUGUGCGAAACGUGGUGUUGAAUGUGUAGCUGAGUAUGUUGUUCCUCACAAACGGUCUCACGACUUAAUGGGUAUUAUUGACGGUGUCGUUGAAAUUGGUAUGAUAACCCGGGAGAUAUCAUCUGAGUAUAGUUAUCUAGUGGAAGGGUGCACAGAAAAUGUUGUUGAUAGUACAAGACAUCGAUGGUUAAAUUCUGUUAGCAAGGUAUUGAAAGUAGGUGAAGAAAAAUACGUUUUCUUUACGUUAAGCGAUGGUACAUUGACGAUUAACAACUGCAGUCUAAAAGUUGAGGAAAUAGAGCUGGCUUUGAAAGAGUUUGGUCAGUUGGUGGGGGAUCUGCUUAAAUUGUAUGCUUUGUGGGAAGUUGACCAGCAAGUCGUGUCCGACACGAUUGUUGGGGAGAGAAGUAAUCGAUACUGUUUGAUGACGCUAUUUGAGAACGAUGAGUUGCCGUUGUUGCUGUGCUUGUUGAACUUUUAUUUUGAUAUUCCGGGUUUGGUAUAUUGUCGCGUAUUUGACCUGAUUCUUGAUGAAUUUUGUGUUAUGGCUCUUGAAGAUAGAUCUGCUGGCAGAUGCUACGAUAGAGUUACGCUGUCGAAGUUCAUAGUUGGUCGCAAAGGGCAUGAAGGAGGCACACAUUUUAACGGCGAAGUGUUUGUUAAGAAACUUACAUUAUACUUGUUUUACCACGUUGUAUUGUAUGGGUUUGAUCAUUAUAUGGACUGUUUUUUUGAUCGAUACAUUAGAACAUUAGAACAGGUUAGGAAGAAAAUCAAUAUCGAGAAGAACUGGGAGGUCAAGUGGGUCAAUUUUUACAUCAAGAUAUUCGAUCUCGUGGGAAACACUGUUUCGCCAGUUUGUUUCGAUAAGGAAGAAUUCGCUUUUUUGAAAGUUGUAGAAUAUGACAUGGAAUUAAUUUGGGGAGAAGGAAACAAAACUGAUGUGGAUUUAUUAAAAGCUUGUCAUAAGAAUUACCAAGAUAUGAAAAGCUUGCUAAAAUCGAGUUGCACUCGAGUACCUUUUCUCAAAAUAUUCAGUGCCCAAUUUGUUGCGUUAAAUGUGAUACUUGCUCACAAUGUCGGUGGUGAAAUGCUUGAACAGCUUGAAGAAUUGACGUAUCACGGUUUUAACGUCGACCAUGAAUAUGAAACCCGUAACGGGGAUGAUCUGUUCAAUGCAGGUGAUAAAAAUGAUGUGUUGCGAGAAUGCCAAGGUACAGUUGAGGUUCUAAAUGUCGUGCAUAAAAAAGUGUUUUUGAGGCAAGUAAAUUUUGAGGACUUGGAUCUGUUACAAGUUGUGGUUGAAGCUUUGAGCCCCGAGGGUUGUGAAACGCUACGCAAACGUUGUUGUUGCAAACUGAUAGAGUCUCUGUUUGAGAAAGUUGUCGUAGAAGGAAUGAAGGAAGAGGUAGAUAUAAGUGUUCGUGAAUGGUGA